ACGAUGGAUAUGCGGAAAACGAUCAGCUUUUGGAUGCUUCUGUACGUUUGGAGUCCCAAAAAUACACACCGACCGCGUGGUCACGACGUUUCUGAUCGCGUCGUGUCCGAAAGCGGUACAAAUCUUGCUACCCGCCUAGUAGAAACUAUAUAGAUUAUACUAUUGGCAGAGCUUACGUGCGAUAUUUUUAAUAAGCCAAGAAUAUAAAGCGUCCGGCAAGUCCGAUCUCUGGUUCAGUUCAAACACGGGUCUUCAAUCGAUGCGAUAUCAACGACUCAUCGAUGAGGAAAGUUAAUUGUUUCUCGUUAGCUUGAUUCUCAAUUGAGCAUGACGCAAGAAUCGCAAAGUGGCGUGUCCGCAUCGCAGGCAUACAAAGUGCUACAGAAUGAACAAGUUGGCAGAUACAUGGUCGCGAAUAGAGACCUACAUGCUGGUGAAGAAAUCAUCACGGAAAUGCCCUUUGUCGUUGGGCCGAAGGCAUGUACGUAUCCCUUGUGUCUCUCCUGCUUUACACCUUGGCCCCCUGAACCGGAUGAUAAACCGCUAUGUUCUAAGUGCGGAUGGUCCGUAUGUGGCCAAGAAUGCGAAAAUUCUCCACAACAUAAAGAUUACGAGUGCCAGGUGUUUGCACAGGCGAACGAGAAGUUUAACGUAGACGCCGCGCUGGAUGGGAACAGCGAAAACGGUGUUCCGCAAUUAGAAUGCAUAACGCCGUUGAGACUAUUGUUGGAGUCGGAGAGAAACGUCGAAAGAUGGAACAAGGAAAUAAAGAAUAUGGAAGCGCAUAAUAAGAUAAGAUGUAAAAAAAAUCAGUGGAAAUCAGAUCAAGUCAAUAUCGUAAAUUACCUGAGAAAACGGCUCAAACUUGAUAGAUUCUCAGAGGAGUACAUACAAACGGUAUGCGGUAUUUUGGAGAUUAAUACGUUCGAAGUUCGAACGGCGAAAGGAUUCAGCGCACGUGGUCUCUAUCCGACAGUCGCUAUGAUGAAUCAUUCAUGUGUGUCGAAUACAUCUCACAGCAUAUCGCCAGUUGAUUAUAAGAUACGACUGCGUACUACACUUAAAAUUCCUGCGGGCGGUGAACUUUACGCGAGUUACACGCACUCAUUACUUCCGACGAUCCUACGGAGAGAACAUUUACUCGAGGGCAAGCACUUCGCGUGCGCAUGCCAGCGGUGUUCAGAUCCUAUGGAAUUGGGCACUCACAUGUCCUCGCUGAAGUGUAACAAAUGCGACAACGGGAUUAUUUUACCACUGGAUUCUUUAGAUUCGGAAUGUAUAUGGAAGUGUACGCAUUGCGAUUUUUCUACCAACGGACAAGCAGUGCUAAAAGUUCUCCGGAUCAUUCAAGCGGAAGUAGACGCCGCUGAAGCAAUCAGUGGAGCUGACGGAACUGAUGCGAUUCACGAAAGAGAGACUGUUAUGAAAAAGUACCGAUCAGUUUUACAUCCCCGUCAUGCCUUUCUUUCAAUGUUGAGGCACUCAUUGACUCAAAUGUACGGUCGGGUUGACGAGUACUUGUUGGACGAUUUGCCGGAUGUUGUAUUGGAGCACAAAGUCGAUAUGUGCCGUUUAUUGCUUCAAGUAUUGGACGUUGUGGAGCCGGGAUACAGUCGUGUAAGAGGCAUGACGUUAUACGAGUUACACGCACCGUUACUAUUCUUGGCUAAAGGUCAAUGGAAUGCCGGUGUCAUUGACGAGGCCAGACUGAAAUCCAAAAUGAUAGAAGCGGCAAAUAUCCUAAAAGAGGCGGUUACGAUAUUAAGCCUAGAAUCAUCAGAGACGUCCGAAGGACAAAUAGGACUCGUCGCAAAAGAAUCUAUAAUUCAACUAGAACAGUCCAUAAAUGAUUUAUAAGUAUCUGUUGCAAAACAGUUUUUUAAUGUUAAAACGUUUAAAACGUUUAAAACGUGUUACUUGUACAAACUUACUAUAUUAAU